UCGUGUAGGACUGGGCGUGGGCUGCUGCGAUUCUACAAUCGAGCUGCUUUUUUUUCUAUACCGUGUUGAAAUCAUUACGUCCUGACCUCACCGGGAGCAAGUGGUAAAUGUAUAGUGGCCGGCGGAUUUUCCCGUGAAAGUAUUGCAGGAAACUGUUAAAAAAAUAGUCUUUAUCGUUUUAAAACGAGUUCUGGGCGUGCGGCGGACUGGAACACGAUUUGUGGAUUUUUUUUCUUGCUUGCCUUGCUUAACGUUAUUGACUACAUUGUCUGUCCCCCCGAGGAACACAUCGCCGUUGCUAAUUAGGAGACGCUGUUUGUUCGGCCGACGGGGGCUCAGACCAUGACGGAGUACAAGCUGGUGGUGGUGGGGGCAGGAGGCGUGGGCAAGAGCGCUCUCACCAUCCAGCUCAUCCAGAACCACUUUGUGGAUGAAUACGACCCACCAUCGAGUCCCGCCCCCUUGCAGGACUCGUACAGGAAGCAGGUGGUGAUUGACGGGGAGACGUGUCUGCUGGACAUCCUGGACACGGCAGGUCAGGAGGAGUACAGCGCCAUGCGUGACCAGUACAUGCGGACCGGAGAGGGCUUCCUCUGCGUGUUCGCCAUCAACAACACAAAGUCCUUCGAAGACAUUCACCAGUACAGGGAGCAGAUCAAGCGGGUGAAGGACUCUGAUGACGUCCCCAUGGUGCUGGUGGGGAACAAGUGUGACCUCCCGGCUCGGACCGUGGAGACGCGGCAAGCCCAGGACCUCGCCCGGAGCUACGGCAUCCCCUGCAUCGAGACCUCGGCCAAGACCCGGCAGGGCGUUGAGGAUGCGUUCUACACCCUGGUGCGUGAGAUCCGGCAGCACAAGCUGAGGAAGCUGAACCCGCCGGACGACAGCGGGCAGGACUGCCUGCGGUGCCGCUGCGUGGUGUCGUGACCCAGCUCUCAGACCAGGGGCCAGGGCAGUCUUACGGAGCCGUGCGGCAGAAUGGACCAGACGGGGGAGGGAGGGGGGAGGGGGGACUGCGAACAACAACAACAACAACAACAACAACAGAAGAAGAAGGACAAAAUAAAUCAGCAAGGCCUCAGAUCCACCCUGAGACAUUGGAGGGAGGCUUCCUUGCUUGUGUGAAGAUGCCCCCAGUUGAAGUCCAUCUGCCAGAUGCACACUACUAAUGACUUUUAUGAAAAAAAAAAAAAAAAAAAAAGACAAAAAAAAAAAAACUCUUCCCCUUCCUGUGUGCUAACACUGGACUAUUAUUAUUAUUAUUAUUAUUAUUAUCAUUAUGAAUCUUAACCUAAGUUAUUGUUUUACGGUCUUCACACUGGUCUUAUAUGGACAGUGCCACCCGGUGGUCAUCCUCCUCACUACGCCCUCGCUGACGGCUCCAUAACCAAGAGACUGGACAACAGCAGCAGUGAGGCCCCGCCUCACCCCUCCGAAAAGAGGCUUUGGCCUCCCCUCCCCUCUCCCUCCCUCACUCUGGCGGUGCCCUGAGGGGAACAGCGCUGUAAUAUUUUCAUGUCGCACAAAAUAAGCCAGAGCAGUUUUGUGAUUUGGUGUUUCUUAAUUAUAAUUUUUUGUUAAAUCAUA